UGUUUGCGCGAGCGUGUGAGUUUGCGUCUUCCGUCAUGUCUGGCCGCGGUAAGCAAGGAGGCAAGGCCCGCGCCAAGGCCAAGUCGCGGUCGUCCCGCGCCGGGCUGCAGUUCCCGGUGGGGCGCGUGCACCGGCUGCUGCGCAAGGGCAACUACGCGGAGCGCGUGGGUGCGGGCGCGCCCGUGUACAUGGCGGCCGUGCUGGAGUACCUGACGGCCGAGAUCCUGGAGCUGGCGGGCAACGCGGCCCGUGACAACAAGAAGACGCGCAUCAUCCCGCGCCACUUGCAGCUGGCCAUCCGCAACGACGAGGAGCUCAACAAGCUGCUGGGCAAAGUGACGAUCGCGCAGGGCGGCGUCCUGCCCAACAUCCAGGCGGUGUUGCUGCCCAAGAAGACCGAGAGCCACCAUAAGGCGAAGGGCAAGUGAGGCCGCUGCCCGCACCGUGGCGGCUCGCGUCCCGGGGACGCUCGCGAACUCAAAGGCUCUUUUCAGAGCCACCCACUCCUUCAGAUUAAAGAGUUGUGUCACGGUAGCCGGUGUCGUGGCCUUUGGCGGCCCGUUCCCAAAGUGUAGGAUGUAGCGUGGACCACUCGCUUUAUGCGUCCCCAGCGCCCUUCCCACUGUGUCCGAGGUCCCCCAGUGGUCGUCUGUGCGGUCGCCCUAAGUG